AUGGCCAUUCGGAGCCGAUGUCGCUCGACUGCCGAUCAGCGAACUCUCGGGGUCAGCAAGCGAAUGGGUUCGAAAAGCUAUAAGAGCCCCAGCUCAUCCUCUAUCCUGUCCCUCACCAACAAGGAUCAGAAUCAACCAACAAUGUCUUCCACCGCUCGAGACCAAGAAUCUACCUACUCCCAGAUGCCGACCAACGAGUCUCUCCGACAGGAAAUCAUCGAUGAAGACCCUUCGUUGUUCACUGCCGAAGAGACGAAGGCUGUCAGGCAUAAGUUCCUUGACAAUGGUUCUUCUGUCCCCGAGGAGGCUGCCGCGGAGGAACAGACUGCCACCCAGUCUGACGAGUGA